UUCAAUUUCAUUUCUUCAUCAGUUUCAUUUCACUCACUCUCUCACCCUAUGACUCAUCAUCAUUAACACCUUUUCCCUUCUUUUCCCUUCAAAUCAUCUCAAUCCCAAUCCCAAUCUCAAUCUCAAACUCAAAAUCUCUCUUCUUCUUCUUCAUCAUCUUCUUCUUCUCCUUUCUCUUUCUCUAUAUACCUUUUUCCACCUCACCGCCCCAAAUCACAAAAACCCUAUCUCCACUCACUUUACUUUUCAACCAUCUCUAGAUCUAACACCUGUUCCAUCCACCACAACACAAAAAAUUAAAAAUAUCACAGUAGUGUUUGAUUGCAUCCAAUUUUGGAUGUAAAGUAAACAGUAGGUUGUUUUGGUGGUGAAAUGAGGGAUGCUAUCAAAGUUGAUGGACUUUCUAAGCGCCUGUUGGCGGAGAAGAUCCUCGGACCGAAAAUCAUCCGAUGUUUGCGGAAAGAAGGAAGGUUUGCUUUGGUACAAGGAUGCCGGGCAACACUUGUUUGGUGAUUACUCCAUGGCGGUUGUGCAGGCUAAUAACCUGCUUGAAGAUCAGAGUCAGAUUGAGUCUGGUCCCCUUAGUUUUCUUGAUACUGGACCUUAUGGUACUUUUGUGGGUGUUUAUGAUGGUCAUGGUGGACCUGAGACUUCUCGUUUCGUUUGUGAUCACCUCUUCCAGCAUUUGAAACGCUUUGCGACUGAGCAGAAGUCUAUGUCCGUGGAGGUUAUUCGGAAGGCGUACCAAGCCACAGAAGAAGGUUUUCUGGGAGUGGUUACUAAGCAGUGGCCUAUAAAUCCUCAGAUUGCUGCUGUGGGAUCUUGUUGUUUGGUUGGUGUGAUUUGUGGUGGUUCUCUCUACAUUGCGAACCUUGGUGAUUCUCGUGCUGUGCUUGGACGGACUGUCAAGGCAACUGGGGAGGUUUUGGCAAUCCAGCUUUCGCCGGAGCAUAAUGUGGCCAUAGAGUCUGUUAGACAAGAGAUGCAUUCCUUGCAUCCGGAUGACCCAAAAAUUGUCGUUCUAAAGCACAACGUGUGGCGUGUGAAGGGUUUGAUACAGGUUUCUAGAUCCAUAGGUGAUGUAUACCUUAAAAAGGCAGAGUUUAACAAGGAACCACUGUAUGCUAAGUUUCGCCUUCGGGAAACUUUUAAAAGUCCAAUUUUGAGCUCUGACCCAUCCAUUUCUACUCAUGAACUACAAGAGCACGAUCAAUUUCUGAUAUUUGCCUCUGAUGGUCUUUGGGAACACCUUAGCAAUCAGGAUGCUGUUGAUAUAGUUCAAAAUCACCCUCACAGUGGGAGUGCUCGGAAGCUGAUCAAAGUGGCUUUGCUUGAAGCGGCGAAGAAAAGAGAGAUGAGGUACUCUGACCUGAAGAAAAUUGAUCGUGGUGUCCGCCGUCAUUUUCACGAUGACAUCACAGUUGUAGUAGUAUUUCUUGACUCGAAUCUUGUCAGCAGAGCGAGCACAGUAAGAGGCCCUCCUUUGUCACUGAGGGGAGCUGGUGUUCCCUUACCGUCUAGAUCUUUGGCCCCAAUGGAACUUCCAGGUCCUGGCUGAUGUGACUGUAUGAUCUGUUACCUUUGUAUGUAGUGUUGUACUUGUACCCUUAGCAGACAUUGAGCUCUGGUGAUCCAGCAGCCUGUAUAUCCAAUUUAACAGAGAUUAAGAAUUAAUACAUUGUAACAAGUAACUUGGGGUAUGUGGCUUGUGUUGAGUAAAAAGUAUUAUGGAAAUAGAUCGUCGAGGCCAAACAUGAGCUUCGUUAUUUUAUAA